GAGAAGCCCUACAAGUGCCCUGACUGCAGCAGGACCUUCAGGAAAAACUCCGAUCUCAUCCGGCACCAGCAGACCCACACCGGUGAGCGACCCUACCGCUGUGGGGAAUGUGGGAGGGCCUUCAGACGGAGCUCCCACCUCCUCCAGCACCAGCGGACCCACACUGGUGAGCGACCCUACAAGUGUAGGGAGUGCUGGAAGGCCUUUGGACAAGUCUCCAGCCUGAUCAAGCACCAGCUGGUCCACAGCGGCGAGCGUCCAUACGAGUGUGGGGAGUGCGGGAAGGGCUUUGGGCGGAACUCCAGCCUCGUCAAGCACCAGCGGAUCCACACCGGCGAGCGGCCGUUCCAGUGUGAGGAGUGCGGGAAGACCUUCGGACACAGCAACAGCUUGAUCCAACACCGACAGACCCACACCCGUGAGCGGCCCUUCCAGUGCAUGGAGUGCGGGAAGAGCUUUGGGCACAGCUCCAACCUGAUCAAGCACCAGCGGACCCACACCAGCGAGCGGCCGUACCGAUGUGGGGAGUGUGGGAAGAGCUUCAAGCACAGCAACAGCCUGGUCAGGCAUCAGCAGAUCCACUCCCGCCAGCAACCCUACGCCUGUGACCAGUGUGAGAAGAGCUUCACGCUCAGCUCUGCUUUGGCUGAGCACGUCCGGACUCACAGCGAUGAGAGGCCCUACAAGUGCCCCAAGUGUGGGCAGGCCUUCGGGCAGAGCUCCGACCUCAUCCUGCACCAGUGCACACACACCAGUGAGCGGCCCUACAAGUGUGGGGAGUGUGGGAAGAGCUUUGGGCACAGCUCCAGCCUCAUCAGUCACCAGCGGAUCCACACUGGCGAGCAGCCAUACUGGUGUGGGGAGUGCGGGAAGACCUUCAGGCACAGCAACAGCCUGAUCCGGCACCAGCGGACCCACACCCGUGAGUGGCCCUUCCGCUGCCCCGAGUGCGGGAAGAACUUCAGGAAGAGCUCCACCCUCAUCCUGCACCAGCGGACCCACUCUGGCGAGCGGCCCUACACCUGCGACCAGUGCAAGAAGAGCUUUGCACUCAGUUCUGCCUUGACCAAUCACCUUCUGUCCCAUGGCAGCGAGAAGCCCCACACCUGCCCCGAGUGUGGGAAGACCUUCAGGUGGAGCUCCAACCUCAUCCAGCACCAGCAGACCCACACCAGAGAGCGACUCUACACCUGCAACCAGUGCGGGAAGAGCUUCACACUCAGCUCCAGCUUGGCCAAGCACCUCCGGAUCCACACCGACGAGAAGUCCUACGUCUGCCCCGAGUGCGGCAAGAUCUUCAGCCAGAGCUCCAACCUUGCUGAGCACCGGCGCAUCCACGGGGUGUGUGAGCGGCACUUCUGCACACUCUGCGGCAAAACCUUUGCUCUCCGCUCCUACCUGACCAGGCACCAGCUGAGCCACACCAGUGAGAAGCCCCACAAGUGCCCUGAGUGUGGGAAGAGCUUCAGGUGGAGCUCCAAUUUCAUCCGGCACAAGCAGAGCCACACCGGCGAGCGACCAUACCGGUGUGGGGAGUGCGGGAAGUGCUUCGGACAGAGCUACAGCCUGAUCAAGCACCAGCGGACCCACACGGGCGAGCAGCCCUACGCCUGCGACCAGUGAGACGAGAGCUUCAGACCCAGGAGCAACUUGGCCAGGCACAGGUUGACCCACACCCGCAAGAAGCCCGAU